GUGCCCGGGCGCUUGGUGCGCUCUCCUGAUAAAUCCCAGCGAAGCUGAGGGAGGCAGAGGAAGGAUGGACGGCCCCGCUCUCCCGGCCGCGGCCUCCGCAGCUGCCAGGCUCCUUAAGAGAAACUUCCUCGAGGCUCUAAAGUCAAAUGACUUCGGGAAACUGAAGGCCAUUUUAAUCCAAAGGCAAAUAGAUGUGGACACGGUUUUUGAAGUUGAAGAUGAGAAUAUGGUUUUGGCAUCUUAUAAACAAGGUUAUUGGUUGCCUAGUUAUAAAUUAAAGUCUUCUUGGGCAACGGGCCUGCAUCUCUCUGUCUUGUUUGGUCAUGUGGAAUGUCUUCUGGUGCUACUGGACCACAAUGCUACAAUCAACUGUAGACCCAACGGGAAAACUCCUCUUCAUGUGGCUUGUGAAAUGGCCAACUUGGAUUGUGUUAAGAUCCUUUGUGACCAUGGAGCAAAGCUCAAUUGCUACUCCUUAAGUGGACACACAGCUUUACACUUUUGUACAACUCCAAGCUCCAUUCUCUGUGCUAAGCAAUUGGUUUGGAGAGGGGCCAACGUGAACAUGAAGACCAACAACCAGGACGAGGAGACGCCGCUGCACACGGCGGCGCACUUCGGCCUGUGGGAGCUGGCGGCCUUCUACGUGGCGCACGGCGCGCUCGUGGACAGCGUGAACGCGCGCAUGGAGACGCCGCUGGCCGUGGCCACCUACUGGGCGCUGCGCUUCAAGGAGCAGGAGUACAGCCGCGAGCACCACCUGCUCUGCCGCCUGCUGCUCGACUCCCGCGCCGAGGUCAACGCCAGGGACGACGACUUCAAGUCGCCGCUGCACAAGGCGGCCUGGAACUGCGACCACGUGCUCAUGCACAUGAUGCUGGAAGCGGGCGCCGAGGCCAACCUCAUGGACAUCAACGGCUGUGCCGCCAUCCAGUACGUGCUCAAGGUCACCUCCGUGCGGCCCGCCGCCCAGCCCGAGGUCUGCUACCAGCUCCUGCUCAACCACGGGGCCGCCCGCAUCUACCCCCCCCAGUUCCAUAAGGUAAUACAGGCUUGCCAUUCUUGUCCCAAAGCAAUCGAAGUUGUAGUCAACGCCUAUGAACACAUCAGGUGGAACGUAAAGUGGAAACGGGCUAUCCCUGAUGAUGACUUGGAGAGAUACUGGGAUUUUUACCACUCUCUCUUCACCGUGUGCAGUAACUCUCCAAGGACUCUCAUGCAUUUAUCGAGAUGCGCCAUUCGAAGAGUGUUACACAACAGAUGUCACAGAGUAAUUCCUCUGCUUUCCCUCCCAUUGUCAUUGAAAAAGUACUUGCUUUUAGAGCCAGAGGGAAUCAUUUAUUAAGUCUUAUGAGACAGAGAUUCCCAAUCCCAGAUAUUUAAGUGGACUCGCCGGGUAGAACACAGUUUACAUAAAAAUAAAAUGGUACUUGGGUUGAUUAUAACACUUCAGGGAUUUCAGAACACUUUACGAACAGGAUGUCAUAUCAUUAAUCCUAGGGUUUCGUGGUGAGGGGAAGUAUACCAGAAGCAAAGCUGAGGCAUUCUCA